AUGAAGUUUACUACCCUUGUCACCGGCCUCCUGGCCGUCGUCACUCAAGUCCGUGCCGCGGCUGUCGUCGCUCACUUCAUGCUCAUCAACACCAAGAACUACACCAUGAGCGACUUUGAAGACGACUUCAAGCUCGCCAAGGACGCCCACAUCGACGCCUUCGCCCUCAACAUGGGCCUGACGGACCCCAACACCGCCGAGUCCCUCGAGGAUGCCUUCACCGCGGCCAAGACGGUCGGCUUCCAGCUCUUCUUCUCCUUCGACUACAACGGCGGCUACCUCGGCGGCAAGCCCUGGCCCAAGGAGACCAUCCUCGAGAUGGGCGACAAGUACUUCAAGCGCGACGAGUACUUCAAGUACGCCGACAAGCCCGUCGCCUCUACCUUUGAGGGCACCGAGAACGCCAAGGACUGGAUCGAGAUCAAGGAGAAGACGGGCGCCUUCUUCAUCCCGGACUGGUCUUCCAUCUCGCCCGAGGCGGCGUUGGCCCUGGCCGACGGCGUGGCCGACGGCCUGUUCAGUUGGAACGCUUGGCCCAUCGGGGACCAGGACAUGACCUCCAAGGGCGACGCCGCCUACCAGUGGGCGUUGAAGGGGAAGCCCUACAUGAUGCCCGUCUCGCCGUGGUUCUACACCAACCUGCCCGGGUACAAUAAGAACUGGGUCUGGCGCGGUGAUGAUCUCUGGUAUGACCGUUGGGUCCAGGUCAUGGAGAUCAUGCCCACCUUCGUCCAAAUCAUCUCCUGGAACGACUACGGCGAGUCCCAUCACAUCGGCCCCAUCCGCUCCAACGCGCUUGAGGCCUUCGAGGUCGGCAAAGCCCCCUUCAACUACGCCCUCGACCACCCCCACGACGGCUGGCGCCACACCCUGCCCCACCUGAUUGAAAGCUACAAGAACGCCGUGCAGCCUGACAUCAAGACCGAGUCCCUUACGACCUGGUACCGCUCCUCGCCGGCCCUUGCUUGCAAGGACGGCGGCACGACCGCCAACACCGAGGCCCACGCCCAAAAGGUCCUCGCGCCGGCCGAGGUCGUCCGCGACAAGAUCUUCUACUCGGCGCUCCUCACCUCCGCCGCCGAGGUCACCGUCUCCGUCGGCGGCAAGGCGCAGAAGGGCGCCUGGACCUCGACGCCGGACAACGGCAAGGGCGUCUACCACGGCAGCAUCCCCUUCCUCGGCGUCGGCGAGGUCGUCAUCACGAUGACCAAGUACGGCACCGAGAUCGCCAGGAUCAAAGGGGUCGACAUCACCGACGAGUGCCCCGGCGGCAUGACCAACUGGAACGCCUGGGUGGCCGCCGUCGACGCGCUGCACGUCGACGACCCGAAUCCUACGCCCACGCAGACCGGCGACGGGCCCAAGAGCACGGCGAACGGCGGCGGUGGUGACGACGACUCAGCGGCCUCUUCGCUUUCGCGGGGAGGCCUCGUCUACGUCGCUGUUGUUCUUGUCAGCAUGGCCAUUGCCGGCGUGGUGUGA